AUAAAAUAUUUGUCACUUUCAUUUUCUUGAGCUCAACCCUAGCUUUUGCACAGACACCACCACCACCACCAGCAAAACUUGUGUAUGGCUGUGAUGUCGAUGCGAAUCCAGAGCUGGCUAAGUUUGCCUUCUGUGACCAGAAGAAGCCGAUUGCCGAGAGAGUGGCGGAUUUGGUGAAGAGGAUGACAUUGCCGGAGAAAAUUUCAAACUUGGUGAGCAGAACAGGGGAUUUGAGUAGAAUUGGAUUCCCAUCAUACGAGUGGUGGUCAGAGGCCUUGCAUGGAGUCUCCAACACCGGUCCCGGGACACGUUUUGUUGAUCCUGUUCUUGCAGCUACUAGUUUCCCUACACCUAUCACCAUGGGAGCUACUUUCAACGUUUCGCUGUUUGAAGCCGUUGGAAGCGUGGUUGCGACUGAAGCCAGAGCAAUGUACAAUGUUGGUGUAGGUGGUCUGACCUAUUGGUCCCCAAACAUCAACAUAUUCAGAGACCCGAGAUGGGGACGAGGCAUGGAAACUCCGGGGGAGGAUCCAUUGCUGACAAGCAAAUUCGGAGCAGCUUAUGUUAGAGGUCUACAAAAGACCGAUGAAAAAAACCCCGAAAAGCUCAAGGUCGCGGCUUGCUGUAAGCACUUGACAGCAUAUGAUGUAGAUGAUUGGAAUGGUGUUACUCGAUACAAAUUCAAUGCUGUGGUAUCAAAGCAAGAUAUGGAAGAGACAUAUCAGCCCCCAUUCAGGAGCUGUGUUCAAGAUGGGAAUGCCGCCAGUGUCAUGUGUUCCUACAACCAAGUUAACGGCAUACCAACCUGUGCUGACCCUAAACUACUGAAAGAUGUAGUCCGAGGCCAAUGGAAAUUAAAUGGAUACAUAGUUUCGGAUUGUGAUUCAGUGGAUGUGUAUUUCAAAGACCAAAACUACACUAAAACACCAGAGGAGGCUGCAGCUUUGGCUAUAAAUUCAGGGUUGGAUCUGGACUGUGGAGACUUCCUACUCAAACACACCGAAAAUGCAGUGAAAGCUGGAUUAGUAAAGGAGCCAGAAAUUGAUAGGGCUAUCACAAACAAUUUAGUAUCAUUGAUGCGACUUGGGUUCUUUGAUGGACACCCCAGCAAGAGUCCAUACGGGAAGCUAGGCGCCAAGGAUGUGUGCACCCCAGCGGUCCAGGAAAUGGCUCGUGAAACGGCUAGGCAAGGAAUUGUGUUGCUGAAGAACAAUCCAGGCUCACUUCCUCUAAACCCCUCUGCUAUCAAGAACUUGGCAGUAAUUGGGCCCCAUGGCAAUGCCACAGAACCCAUGAUAGGCAACUAUGCAGGCAUUCCUUGCUCUUAUGUAAGCCCCCUGAAAGGUCUGUCAGAGUCGGUAAAAACUACGUAUGUGCCUGGCUGCAAUGUACCAUGUGACGCGCCACAAAUUGAUGAAGCUAAGAAAGCAGCAGCCGAAGCAGACGCUGUUGUUCUGGUAGUGGGUGCCGAUCUAUCUAUUGAAGCAGAGGCCAAAGAUAGGGUUGAUAUUAAUCUUCCAGGAAAGCAACCACAAUUGAUUUUUGAAGUUGCGAAUGCAGCCAAGGGACCUGUCAUUCUUGUUGUGAUGUCUGGAGGUGGCAUGGAUAUUCAGUUCUGUAAGGAUAAUAACAAAAUACCAAGCAUCCUUUGGGCUGGUUACCCAGGUCAACAUGGUGGUGGAGCCAUUGCAGAUGUGAUCUUCGGCCGUUACAAUCCAAGUGGAAGACUACCGAUGACAUGGUAUCCACAUACAUACGCAGAACAGCACCCCAUGACAAACAUGAACAUGAGAGCAGACAAGGCCACCGGAUUCCCUGGCCGGACCUACAAGUUCUACACCGGACCAACCAUCUACUCAUUUGGGGAUGGUCUAAGUUACACUCCUUUUGUUCACCAGCUAGUUUCAGCACCAAAGGUUGUCAAACUUCGCUCAGGUAAAAAGAGUGAUCUUAAGUCCGUUGAUGCUACCGGAAAGGUUUGUAAGAAGUCAUCUUUUGAAAUCCGAUUGAGAGUUAAGAACAAAGGGAAUAUGGCUGGAAGCCAUAUUGUUUUGUUGUAUUCGACACCCCCUCCUGUACAUAAUCCGCCACUGAAGAUGUUGGUGGCCUUUGAUAAGGUCUUUUUGAAACCAAAGGGACAAGCUGUAGUAAAGUUCCGUCUAAAUAUGUGCAAGGACAUGACUGUGGUUGAUGAGGAAGGCAAUAGAAAAGUUGCCGUGGGACAAUAUCAACUUCAAGUGGGAACUGAGAAACACACCAUGAAUGUGAAGCUCUAAAUAGGAUUCUCAAGAAAGGGUGGCUCAACCAUAAGGCAACUAAGGCAGCCCGCUAAAGACCUUAAUGUGAGAAGAGGCCUAUAAAAGUGAUCUCAUUAUAUUUGUAUUUAUUUUAUUGUAAAUAUGAUAAAUGUGUAAACACCACAUUUU